AUGGGUUUGCCUCUAACGCUACCAUACGUAAUUUUAACACUCAAGGAGUUCAUAAUCGUAUGGCUUAAUCAGGUGCUAUACUACAAUGAAAUUUAUCCUUUGGAGAUAUAUGACAAGCUAAAAUCGUUUGACACUAUUGUAUAUCAAUCAAGGAAUCCUGCUUUAAAUAAAUAUGUCGAAGAUUUAGUAAAUGAGUUCUUACAAAUUCUAGUGAAUGGUGAUGGUCAUGAUAAUGGAGGGAAAGUGAACCAAAUACUAAUAUUACUAUAUGACGUAAAGUCAAAUAAAACAAAAAAAAAAUACGUGGUAAAAUUUAAUGAAAUGAUCAAUCUAGGCGCCAGUAUCAAUGAUUUAAAUUUUUUAUACCUGGUUCAUGAAAAAGAUUCAGAAAGUCUUUUAGAACCAGUUAUAGAAAUACCGAGUUUUACAUGGGAUGAAAUAUAUUCACAAUUUAAGUCUAUUCUAUUCUCGCAAAUCGAAGAAUUGAAGGUACAGAAAAAUGGUUCAGAGAACGAUGAUCUUUUCUUCAAAGUGAUAGUAGACUUGGAAGAUUCUAUUAAUUUGAAUGUAAGCAUUAAUGCUGAGACUAAUAGUCAGCACUCAAACUGGGUUAAGACGAGUGUAACAAGUGAAGACAGUAAGCAAAGGAAGACAAAAGUUGUCCCUAUUGGAGAAGUUAGUGUUGGAUUUAUCUGUAUUGAUAUGUACAAUGAGUAUACCAAAAGGGUAAAUGCGUAA